AGUGGGAACAGCUGACCGCUCCAGCGGCCCCUCACACAGUCCGUCGCCGCCAUGACUGUCGGCGUGCCGCCGGCGGCGUCGAAGCCGGCAGAGGAUUCAGUCGGCGGCGGUCAGCGCGCGCUGACCUACCUGCUGACGCUUCUGAGCGCCGUCAGCUACCUGCUGUUUGGCUACGACACGGGCGUGGUCUCGGGCGCGCUGCUACUGGUCCGCGAGGACUUCCAGCUGAGUGACCUGUGGCACAGCUCGAUCGUCUCGGUGGCCGUGGGGGCCGCCGGCCUGGCCGCGCUUGCCGCCGGACCGCUGGCCGACCGCGCCGGCCGUAAGCCGGUGAUUCUCGGCGCGGCGCUGCUGUUCGUGGGCGGCGCGCUGGCCAUGGCGCUGGCCGCCGGCCCGUGGUCGCUGCUGGCCGGCCGACUGCUGGUCGGCCUCGCCAUCGGCCUGUCCAGCACCACGGUGCCCAUCUACAUCUCGGAGGCGGCUCCGGCGGCGGCGCGCGGCACCCUGGUUACCGCCAUGACCUGUGUGGGCACGCUGGGCACCGUGGUGGCCGGCGUGACGAGCGGCGCGCUGUCCGGCGUCCAUGAGGGCUGGCGCUGGAUGUUCGGCCUCAGCGCCGUGCCGGCCACCCUGCAGCUGAUCGGCUUCGGUCUGAUGCCGGAGUCGCCGCGCUCGCUGGUGGCUCGCGGGCACGACGAAGCCGCCAGAGAUGUGUUGCGGCGCAUCCGCGGCCCCGGCGCGAAUGUGGACACCGAGCUGGCCGCCAUUCAGAGCGACUUUACGGCACAAGAGGCGCUGAGGCAGACCGCUGAGGCGGCCGGUGACGGCGGAGGCUGUGGCGGCACGGUGCUCGCCCGCGCUGUCCGCGACCCGAUCGUGCGGCGGGCGCUGGUCACCGGCUGCUGCCUGCAGCUGUUCCAGCAGCUCUCUGGGGUCAACACGGUCAUCUACUACAGCGCCAGCAUCAUCACGAUGGCGGGCGUGCGCGACCCGUCCACGGCCAUCUGGCUGUCCUCAGUGGUGAACGCGCUGAGCCUGCUCUCCAAGCUGGCCGGCCUGGCCGUGGUGGAGCGCGCCGGCCGCCGCCGCAUCCUGCUGAGCAGCACUGCCGGCUCGGCGGCCGCGCUGGUCCUGCUCGGCGUCGGCUUCCAGCUGAGCGCGGCCCGCUCGGCGCCCGUGAGCCUGGCGCCGCUGGCCGCCGCCUGCCGCGCCGCCACCUGCGACGCCUGCCAGCAGUUCGACUCGUGCGGGUUCUGCUUCCAGGACCUGCCGGGCGGGCCGGCCAACGGCUCCUGCGUGCCGCUCACCGCCGCCAACAGCUCGGCGGCGCUGGGCCGGUGCGCCGAGCCGGCCGCGCUGGGGCUGGACGGCCUCACCUGGGCGCCCGACUGGUGUCCCACCGACUACGCCUGGCUGCCCAUCACGGGCAUGUUCCUCUACAUCACCAUGUUCUCUCCGGGCCUGGGCGCCAUGCCCUGGACCAUCACGGCUGAGAUAUUCCCGCUGUGGGCGCGGAGCCGCUGUAACGCCGUCACCACGGCGGUCAACUGGUGCUCGAACCUGGUGGUGUCGCAGACGUUCCUGGUGCUGAUCGCGGCCGUCACGCGCCAGGGCGCCUUCUUUCUGUUCUCGGGUCUGACGGUGAUGGGCUGGGCCGUGUUCUACGUCACCGUGCCGGAGACGAAGGGCGUGCCGCUGGAGCGGAUCGGGACCCUGUUCACGGAGCCCGUGGGACUGCACGCGCCGCGUCCCAGUAACAAGGUGGGGCCGGAGCAGGACCCGACCGGUCCGCGGCCGGCGGCCUGCCCUCAGCUGGAGCCGCCAGCAGGCACACCGUGACGAGACCUGCCGCGAGGUGGCCGCUCUUCGUCUCAGUGAGGCGAACUGCCCCAGGACAGUGGCGGAUCCAGGGGGGAGGGGCAAAAUGGGCAUUUGCCCCCCGCCCCCAAACGGCAUAAUUUUAACAUUACGCCUAUGGACGAUGCAUGGAAAGAAUCGAUAAAUUUUAUGGUUUGCCCCCCCCCCCCCAAAAAAAAAACUCUGAGCUGGAUCCGCCUCUGCCCCAGGAGUAGUGAUAUUGACGUGAAAAUGAGAGCCGAACAUUGAGGACACGUGGCCCUCAAUAUCGCUAUUGGUUUGUUCAAAAGACCUAUCUUAAGCUGGUUAUCAAUGUCCCUGCAAUCAGCGCUCGUUAUAUAAUGCACUCUAGAAUAACGGUGGCGCUUAGUUUUAGUGUAGGAGACCUUGCAGAUAGGACAGCCACCGUUCUAAAAAUGCGCCCUUGACAACGAUCAAAUGAUAGCAGGCAAUGUCUUGAACCGUUAUAUGCAUUCUUCUGUCAUAGUCCUGAAUAUGUUGACAAGACAAAGUUGAAUAUUUUGCUACACUGUCACGCUAUAUCAGGUCGUGUUGUGAACAGACACAUGCAGGUACCGUAAGGUGCACUUAUGUAGGGAAGUUGAUCUAUAUAGCAUAAUUGCUAUAAGAAUGUUAACGGUUAACGGUGAACGAGAGGUGGCUGGGGCCUGGGGGUGUAUACGACGAUUGUAGGGAUCUUCGACUUGUGGAUUGUGAUCUUGUUAUAUGUGUCCUUAGUACGGGUACUAAGAACUCUUUUUAAGUGUUCAUUUGAUACAUGAUUAGUAUUUAGGUGUGAAAUUGUGUAGCAACAUUGUCGAGUGUAGUGCGUCGAAGAGCAUCGUGCGAUAUUGUUUAUUACCUGUCCGCAAGCAGUUGUCGCCUCGACCAUGAACGGUUUUUCGCGUGUGCCAUUUACCGUAAAAA